ACAAUGAAGCCAAAAUCAGUGACUGUCUAAGGAUCAUGAGGAAAUAGCUGCUAACAAACUGCUUUGUCUCACAGGUUGCAUGUUGUCACACCACAUCAAACGGUACAGGAAGCACUGUUUGCUACACUAUAGCGACUGCAUAUAUGUGAGAGACGAAAACAGCAUUUGUGUUCAGUGCUGCAAGAUGAUGCUGCUCUGUUGGUCUACACUGUUGCUCUGUCUGUCUGUCAAUGCAGCGAACAAUCUAGUGUGGCGAGAGCCUGGUGGGAACGUCACCUUGGAGUGUUCCUUUGAAAAAUGUCCGAGCAUCGACAAGUUUUUCGGGAUGUAUCUGUAUCAUGAGAUAGACGAGAAGGAGGAGGUGCUUUUUUAUGUAAAUUCUGAAAAAGUCACCCCACGGCUCAGAUACUCAGAAAGGGUUAAGACAAAAGGAAUUUUUAAGAACCACACCAUCACCAUCAGAGAUCUGACCGUGGAGGACUCUGGUAUCUACAGCUGUGUCUACAAAAAGAAUUCUGAUAGUGAAGUCAAAUGCAAUGUCUACCUACUGCUUAUAUCAGAAGUGGUACAGUGUUCCAUACCAAAAGAAGAUCACGUCAGUGAGAGGUGUACACUUCCAGUGUUAAUCAUUGUCGUCACCUGUUCCAUCGGCACAGUGGCAGUCAUAAUCUCAAUCCUGCUGAUCAUGAUGAUGAGAAAAUGGACUGGAAGAAGACCAAGAAAUGUCCCACAGACGUCCAAUGACUAUGUGUAUGAAGUUAUGACCAAGAAUGGCCUUCGUCCUCUGGGUUCUCAAGAGUAGUCAUUGCCAAGCCUGUAUGACUUUGCAUAUUCAGAGCACAUAUCAUUGGCUUGAUGACCAUCUUUUUCUUGAGGACUGGUUUUCUCCAGAUUUUUAAGUGACGUCAAUCAGUGUAAAAUAUAAUCAUUUUUAUUGACAUAAAAACAAAACAAAACAUUUUUUUAAAUUGUCCAAAUGAUUCUUGAUAUUGUCAGUACUGAUUAUCAGUAUUUGUUUGUUUAUCAAAGCAUUUGAGCUGGAUUUGCAGGGGUUUAUGCCCAAUAACAUUUACAAAUUUAAUUUGUAGGAAAAGUGUUCAACUCAAGUAUUAAUCAAAACAACCCACGAACAUUUGAACAAACAAAUCAAAGUGCUAAUCAGAGUGCUAAAACUAAAAGAUGAACAGGGAGGAAGGGUGUGUGGGAGGGCUGUGAGUGCAUGCUGUCUAUUACAGCACUCAUGGUCACAAACCAUGCACUUUAGGGGAGAUAAGGGCAGAUGGGUGAUUUGCAUGUUUUACUGUAGAGUGCUCACACAACAUAAUACAAAUCUAAUAUAAUCCAUAUAUUCCUAGUUGAGUUGAUGAGGGGGAUGUAAAUGAUUGAUCACUGUAAACCAGUUUAAAUGUUAAUUAUUGUCAUUGUGUAUGGUUAUUAGAAAGACAAUGAGUAAUCUGUUUUUAUAUGUUGUGAUUUUCUUUUGGUGUUGGUGGUGGUGGGGGGGCACAUGGACACAAAUUGGCCAUUUUUUUUCUUGACAGUUAAAUAUCGACUUAUUAUUACACUAACUAAGGAAAGAUGGUGGUCUGGUUUAAUACAGAAAAAGUUCACAGGGACUUCAGACACAACGUGUUUAGUUACAUUUAACAAAAAUCAAAACAAACAAAAAAACAAUGUGAUCUUUCCCUAAACUUCACCAAAGUGCUUUUGUUGGCUAAACACACACAGGACUCUGGAUGUGAACCCUGGUCUCUGGUGUGACAGCACUUUGCACAUCCACCAUCCCCAAACAGCUACUUAUGGCUUCGCUGGCAUUAAUGAAUAGAACACUUCAUCCAUUAAUUUGGAAAUUGUGCAGUCUCACGAGGAAAAGGACACAAAUCAAUAGAUUAUUUUCUGUGUCUCUUUCAUGUAUUACUGUGAGAAUGGGUUUCGAUAUGCUGUUAUGGGCUCAGAAUAGUCAGAAGUAUUUUACUCACAGCUGUGUGUCACCAUAUUUGAAAGUGUGAAAAUAUUUUUGGUGAAUACAUUCAAACUAGUAACAAAUCAUUUACAGUACUUCUGUCCCAUGUCUGACACUUCCUCCUAUUAACAUAUCAAUAUGAUUUAUGCUGUGCAAUCAAGCUUCAUACUGCUAUCUGUAAAGCAAAUGGCAAUAUGCAAAACGCAACAGAAGUUUUGAUUUUUUUUUUCUAUUGUUUGCAAAGAGUUUUAUCUAUAUCUGUCGUGUUUGAAUGUUGUGUUUGGAUGUGGAUUUAAUGCAGAUUAAUCAAUAAAAGAAAAACACACUGA